AUAAUCGUAUUUCUACUAGUACACAGUCUUGUCACCUCCUAAUAGAGUCUUUAUGCUGUGCCUAUACUGUAGAUAUAGAGUGUCAUAUCUUGCCUGAAAUUACAAAAGUGUUACCGUCGUCUUUCGUACACAUCAAUCACGUCUCUAUUCCUCCAGGUCUUAAACUAGCGGACCCGAACUUCAACGUUCCGUCGGCCGUAGAUAUCCUGGUAGGGGCUGAAGUGUUCUGGGAGGUAUUAAGUAAAAAUUAUAUAGAUUUAGGGAAAAACUUACCUAAAUUACACGAAACUAGAUUCGGAUGGCUAGUAUCAGGUAGUAUUCCCCACCAAUCUAAACAAAAAUCUAUUUUUAAUCAUUUUUGCCAUCACACUAAUGUCACUCCCGACCUUACUCAAUUCUGGGAGCUUGACAACGUUUCUUCAAAACAUUCAUAUUCUCUAGAAGAAAGAGCAUGUGAGCAAAUUUUUAAGCAAACCACUGUUCGUAACAAUGAUGGUGGAUUUGUAGUCACCAUGCCUUUAAAGGGUGACCCUAGUAAUUUAAGUCAAUCUUAUUUUCAUGCUAAAAAUAGGUUUUUAUCCCUUGAAAGGCGAUUUAGGCGUGACCCUAUUUUUAAAAGGCAUUAUAUUGAAUUUAUGCGAGAAUAUGAAAACUUAGGUCAUAUGACUUUAGACUCGCACUCUACUUCAGUACCUGAAAUCUCUAAAUUUCAAUAUUUUAUUCCCCAUCAUGGAGUUGUUCGAGAUUCUAGUACCACGACAAAACUACGCGUAGUAUUCGACGCAUCAGCCUCUACCAGUUCGGGUGUGUCUCUUAACGACAUACAGAUGGUCGGACCAGUAGUUCAAGACGACCUGUUUUCAAUUUUAACACGUUUUCGUCAGCAUAGGUACGUGGUUUCAGGUGACGUUGAAAAGAUGUAUAGGGCGAUUGAAUUAAAUCCAGUUCAACGACCUCUUCAAAAAAUUAUUUUUCGUUUUAAUUCUUCAGAACCUCUAAAGACCUACACAUUAAAUACGGUGACUUAUGGUACUGCCUCUGCCCCCUAUUUAGCUACAAAGUGUCUCACAAGUCUAGCUGAUAACCUUGACGACUAUCGUGUUCAAAGCGCUAUUCGUCGUGAUUUUUACGUAGACGACUAUUUGAGUGGAGGGAAUACCAUAAGCGAAACUAUCGAAAUUUCAAAAAAGGUACAUUCGGUUCUAUCAUCAGCUAAAUUUAAUUUACGUAAAUGGAGAUCAAAUAAUCCAGAAAUUCUUAGACAUGUUACUAAUAGUAAAAUCGAAUCACAAAAUACUCUACAUUUCUUUGAUCAAGAUCCGAAUUCUUGUCAGGCUAAAACUCUAGGUCUUAAUUGGGUUUGUGAUUCAGAUUCCCUUACAUAUACUAUUAAUAUAACGCCAAAUACUAAAAUUACUAAACGUCAUGUUCUUUCUGUAAUUAGUAAAAUAUUUGAUCCACUGGGUCUAGUAGGACCUUGUGUCGUUCAAGCAAAAAUCAUUAUGCAGAGACUUUGGAUAAAUAAAUAUGAUUGGGAUGACGAGAUGUCACACGAGCUUAAAAAUUUUUGGUCGACAUUUGAAAACACUUUGAUAUCAUUAAAUAAUUUAAAAAUACCACGAUGGGUUUUGUGUCAAGACUCUAUUAAACACGAAAUUCAUGUCUUCACAGAUGCAUCGGAAAAGGCGUACGGGGCAUGUCUGUAUAUUCGAUCAAGUAGUGAUAAUGGCUCUACAAAUGUACAGCUUCUAGUCUCUAGAAACCGAAUAGCGCCUGUCAAACCGACGACCAUACCGAGGCUUGAACUUUGCGGAGCUUUGUUAGGUGCAAGGCUGUGUACUAAGGCCAAAUCCAAAUGGUUUAGUUCCAGAGGGGAGGUGAAACCAGGGUCUUUAGUCCUAAUCAAGGACAAAACAACACCACCGCUGCUCUGGUCCCUGGGUCGGGUCACACAGACCUUUCCCGGCGUAGACGGAGUCACGCGGGUGGCAGAAAUCAAAACGAAGAGAGGAACAAUUCGUCGCGCUUUCAAUAACAUCUGCCCCCUUCCUGAUCAAGAUUGAAGAGCACUCUUCAACCCGGGGAGUAUGUCGGCGCUUCACAUAUGCCGACGACGAGAGAGGCGCGGGGCGCGGGGCGCGGGCUAGCGGCCCGUUGCGCGUGCGCCGCGAUUCACCGGUCACUCAGCGAGCGACAGCCAACUAGGCGGACACUUUAUCGUCCUUGCGUGCAAUUUGAAUACGCGAAUAAAUUAUUAUAAUACA